AUGUGGCCCCCACGUGCUUGCCACGACGGCCGGCUCUCAUGGCUCCAUGGCUUGGGCAUGGCCAUGCUGUUGUGCUCAUCCUCGGCGUUUAUGUGCUAUCCUGAGUACUCCUUCUCCUGGUGUGACAACACCACAGAGGCCUCCUGUGUCCACAACUAUGCGUUUUCAGUGGGCCACUUCCAAAGGAAGCUCUUGGGCUACUAUCAGCAAAACCAGCGCCCUCCGGUGAUGGAGGCUCGGCCUUCCCAUCCUUUGGCCGUGAAGCCACAGCAUCUGUGGCUGAUCCGCAGUUGUGCCCAUUGGACGGAUCCAGAAAGCCUUUCUCGCUUGGCGUUGGCAUCCAAGCAGCUACAACAAGCAGAUGCGGAGGAGCAUUGGAUGACUUUGGCUUCACACCUGGUGCUGCGACCGCUUCACCUUGACACUGAAGUUCGGCCUUUCAGCGAGGUUUCUACAGGCACUUCACCGAAGGAUCCCAGGAAUGCCGAAGAUGCCAAGGAUGCAACCCUGAAGAUCAAGAUCUUGCAGGUGUACUAUCCUGUGUUCCAGGUGAGGAACCGAGUUCGCAAACUUUGGAAGAGCAUUGAGACUCUGUGGGAAACGAUGCUUCCUGAGGCCUUAGAUAGCUUGCUUCCAGGGCUCACAGAACAGGAAAUUGAAGAACUUGAAGAACGCUUGGGCUGCCAAUUUCCAGAGGAUUUGGCCGAGAGCUUGAGAGUGCAUGAAGGUAUGACGGAAUCGGGGCACAGAAAAGGCCAAUUCCUACUAGAGUUGGAUCGAGAAGACGUUUACGCCUUUUCCACUGUUUGCCUUCGUGCUGCCCGAGACUUACCUGACCUGGUCGAGGAUGCUAAGAGUAGCGCCGGAAAGAUUCCGCAGGUUCCAAGGUACGAUGUCCGAGACUUUGAGCGAUUCGCACGCUCUGAUGACGUUUCAUUGACUGCCAUGGCCUACGUGGCGGAAAGCCCCUUCGGCGACAGCAACUGGUUACCACUUUUUGCAAGCGAUGGUCCCUAUCCAAAGCGUCGAAAGCUGGAUCCGCGAUCUCAAAAUGUUCUUAUAGCCUUUCCUCACCGUGGUCGUGUGACACUGCUUGAGUCAAUCGGCCAGUGUGAGCAGCGUCCAAAACGUCGGCAUCACACGGGCCAGUCGUUGGAUCGUUCUGGAGCCGUUGGCUUUUUGAAGAUCUACCACCGCGAUGGUCCCACCUGGUAUGGUCAUGCCACAUGCUUCGAGGACUUUCUGCGGGAGAGCCUGGAGAUGUUGCAGGCCAUCCAGUUUGCGUGGUCAAAGCCAUGUUCCUGCGAGGCAGAUUGGAUUGGAUGGCAGUGUCCCCAGUGCAAACGGAUUGUUGGAGAAUCCUUCAGCGAAGCCUUGGACCGUGUCCUUCCACUGCUCAAUGAACCUCCACCCCGCAGUCAGCGCACCUUGAACCGCUACUCUUGGUGGGCAUCCGUGGUGAGGAACACGUCUACAUACUUCCCGCUGACGCCAUGGCGAAGAACGGUGCCGGCCGGGGCGAUGCUUAUUGCUGCAUGGGUAGCGCUACUUCUUGCUGGGAUACUUCCGAGUCUGUCACUGCCUGAGAUUUUACAAUGUCAGGGAAAUUGGCGUCGCUUUCGCGGUCGUCUCUAUCGAGUUUCGAGCGUCCCGGCAGCCUCGAACAGGGAGGUGGCCGUGGUUCUGGGGGAUGUUUCCCUGCUUGUGGAAGACUUCAGGGAAGAGCUGGGGGAGGAGGAAGACUGCCCUUUGGGCCAGGUGGCCUUGCACCUGGCACAAGCUCUGCCUGCAGGUUCCCCGAGUUUGGGUGACAUGGGUGGGACAGAAGCCUCGGAAGAGCUUCUAGAGCUGCUGGGCCGGGACUUCCAUGUAUUGCAGGCCUUCGGCUGGAACACAGUCGUACGAUCUGGGUGGCCUGUGUUUCAGCUGCUGUACCUGCUGUACCGAUGUGUGCAAAGCCACUCUAGGGAUGACCCUUGCAUAAACUCUGACGGAUAUGCCUGGAGAUUGCAGCAAAGAUUGCUCCAGCGACCAAGCACGGAGGAGCUGGGCCUCAUGGCAGCCAGCUGGGCUUUCCUUGCUAGUGAGGAGGCCAGGGAGUGCCAGCUUGUGGCAUCAGCUGCCCUUUUGGCCAUGGCUUGGAUUAGACUUCCUGUCUAUGAUGUCGAAAGUGACGGACUCGUCGGUGUAGCGCAGAAGCGGACCGGCGUUUGGGACCUGCUGACAGCUGCGGCAGGCCACCCGUUGCCACUGGCAGCUGCGCGCCUGUCGGCUGGCUACCAGCUAUCGAUCCAUCUGGGCCAGGUGGAGUCUACCAAGCUGCCAGAACCUGAGGAGAUGUGGGUGCAAGUCUUCAGCCUCGUUCAUGUGAGACUUCGGCGAACGGUGCGAUUGGCUGAAGCCAAGCAGGCCGAAAACACUGGGGCAUCCGCAGACAGGAAGGCCUCGCCGAGCGCAGCUGACAAUCGGCUUCAUGACAUUCUCGUCGAAAUGGACCUUGGAAAACUGCGUGAGGUCGCCAAACAGGUCUUCCCCGAAACAAACUGGGCUUCAAAGACUCGAGCACGCAUCGUGACGAGGCUGACGGAGCCUGAAUUCAUCAAGCAGACCAGACAGCUGCUCCUGCCAGACGAAGAUGAGAUUCCGCGCAUCAGUCCAGCGGCUCUUCAAGAUCUCGAGUUCCACUUGGAAGCAGUCACGGCGAAGAACUUUCCCAAGGGCGUGGGUCAAGCCCGGUCUCAGCAGGUCGGGGCUGCUGGGGAGACCAUGGUAACGAGCGACGCAGAGCAAGAAGCGCUUCAGAUCUGUGAUGUUCGUAUGCCAUUGACGAAGAAGGCAAAGCGGCGCGCCUUGCAGUCCCUGCAGGUUGGUGCAGAGGAGUUCGGGACCGUCGUGGAAGUCUCCCUAAAUGAUGGCCUGCGAGUGGACAUUGGCGCGGAGAUUGACGUUUUGGUGCCCCUAUCGAUCCAGGGCCAGGAAAAGGCGCCAGCGAAAGUUGCAGAGAACUAUCCGCUGGAGUCGGAACUCGUGGUGAAGAUCGAGGAAGUCUCCACAGAUCCUGCUCGAAGAUUUCCUGUGAUUGCCAGCCUUAAGACGGAACCUUUGCAGUCUCUAGAGCAAGCUCAGACUGCUUUACGGCCGCAUGGAGGGGCAUCUGAUAGAUCUCGAAGCGAAGGGGUGGAGCUCUCGCAGGUGGAUGAUUGGCAGCCGGCAGGUCCAUUGGAAGUUCUUGAAGAGCUCGAGGAGCUUCCAUUGCGACCACCUCCGGAAGUGUUGCGGAGCCUGGGGCGGAACCGACAGCUCCAGGAUAUCGAGGUGCCGGAGGCCAUGCGGCCCCCGACCCCAGAAGUCUCAGAUUCGGCACGCGAAGCCUGGACCAACUUCGCAGAGAAUCGAGCAGAGGAGCUGAGGUGGGAAUUGCGAUGCCGCGACCGUCUUGCGACGGACUUGCUGGUCGUUGAAGCAGAUAUUCUUCGGGGCCGAUCGCCAUCCAUCCCUCUUGGACUCCUGGGUCUGACGGUCAUGGAGGACGGCAGGAGAUACAUGCUGCCUCAACCCGACGGAGACAGUUUGAGGUUCUCGGUCCACGAGGAGGAGGACCUGCACAGCAUGAUUGAGUCGUGCCGGGCACGCUGGGCAGCCGAGGCGGUAGAACCAGAGACAAGGCAGAAACUGGCGCUGUAUUUCGCCUGCGCUGAUGCCUGGCAUGCGCGCAUGGUGCAGGCUGCGGAAGCCGUGGAGAUUCAGAGACUGGGGUGGGGACGCCAGACAGAGGAUGAUGAUGAUGACAGCCUGGCACUGGCAGUUGAAGAGAUGAUUGCCAAAACGCCAGAGCUUCAAGACCAGGCAUCGAUGGAAGGGGAGUAUCUCCUGAAUGAGCUUGACGAGACCGAGUUGGCGAACCUUGCGAACCUAGGGUACUUGUAUCUCACAUGCUUGAGAGUCCUCUCUUUAAAGGAGGUGAUCCCCGAGCAUUCGCACCUGGAGGUGGAUUUUGGUGCGAUUGAGCCGACCUGCUUGGCACAUGCGUUGCUGAACCUCAUUGCUGCAGUGGACUUGCCGGACUUCGACAUUGUUUUAAAUCAUGGUGACCUACCACUGCUGAGGAAAGAGCAUGAGAAACCACCUUUCUACGGGCCCAUGGACAAAGAGGCCAGGACCCCUGCUCCUCUCUUCAGCAUCUGUGCGUCAGAAGAUUUCUGGGAUAUCCUUUUCCCCAAUGUAUGUCGACCAGCGCUGGUUAACAUGUCACGCAUGUCUGCGAUACCUUGGGAAGAAAAGACGCCUGCAGCAUUCUGGCGGGGAACAGACCGUGGUGCCGUGAAUUGGGCCGUGGAUCUGCAAGACAUGUAUCGCGGCUCUCCCAGGAAGCGCUUCCUGGAUACAUGGUCGGAGAAUCCAAACUUUGACUUGGCCUUUUUGGAGGAUGACCUGCUAAAUGCGACUGUGGUCAACACUGACCCGAGCUUCGUCCCUCUUGACAAGUGGCCGCGCUGGCGAUACUUGUUGGACCUUCCAGGAAAUGGCUAUUCCGGCUCCCUCAAGCAGAAGCUAACCACGACUUCUGCAGUGCUCAUGAUGCAGAACGUGAAUGUUGCGGGAUCUCAGCCGGUGUAUGAGCACUACCACGGUGGCUUACAGGAUGGAGUUCAUGUCUUGGUCGUCACCAUGAACGAUGCCGGGCAGAAGGUGGCAUGGGCGCAGCAACAUGACGACCAAAUGAAGGAGAUGGUCGGUAAUGCAAACAGGUACAUGGAAGAUGUGCAGAAGCUGACCCAGUGCUACCUCUGGCUCCUCAUCAAGCGAUUCGCAUCGCUCCUCAGGUACAAGCCACAGCGGGAGCAAACAAGUACCUUCAGCAGCCGGGCGUCUGUGCGCACUAUGAAGGUUCAUCGGCGACCCCUGAGGAAGGAGGCCGCGGCCUUCAAGAAGACUUGUGAGGAGCUUCUUGCAAACAGCGAGGAGUAA